CGGAAGCUGCGUCGUAUCAGUGUACGCUUGGACGAGCGGGUCAGAAGCCCAACGUGGAGGAGAGGAUGUGGGUAUGCUGACAUCUGCAAGCCAGAGGUUUAACUGGGAGACGAGCGUAGUCAGGCUGACAAACAACGGCCUUAGCAACCUCGAAGAAACUCCGAGACAUGUAACUUGUUGUCAAGAGGCUUGUGUCCUGUAGGGCACCCUGAAGCUCAGCCGGUCACGGGGCCUUCUGUCAUGAGGGGGCGUUUCUCUCGAAAACUGGGCGUGCUGGCCAAGGCUGGCUUCCUGCUCUGGCUUCUGUGGCUGGGCUACCUUCUGUUAGCACGCUCCUCUUUCCCCUCUUCUUCAUCUGUAGAAGAGGAAGACGAGGAUCACAAUGUUCUGGAAAGACAGCUUCCCAUAGGGGAGAGCGGGGCUGAUGCGCAGUUGGCUCGGCCCCUCUACAUUAAGUCAGCGCCAGACAACAAUGCAUUGGGGGAGUGGGGUCGGGCCUCACACGUCAACCUCAGCCCUGAGGAAAAGAAACAGGAGCAGGACAGUGUGGAGCGCUAUGCCAUCAAUAUCUAUGUCAGUGAUAAGAUUUCCCUCCACCGGCACAUCCAGGAUCACAGGAUGAAUGAAUGCCGAAGUAAGAAGUUUGAAUACCGGCGUUUACCCACCACUUCUGUGAUCAUAGCUUUCUACAAUGAGGCCUGGUCCACUCUGUUGAGGACUAUUCACAGUGUCCUGGAGACCACACCUGCCAUCCUGUUGAAAGAGAUCAUCCUCAUUGAUGACUACAGUGACAGAGGCUACUUGAAAUCCCAAUUGGCUGACUACAUCAGUAAUCUGCAGCGUGUGCGGCUAAUACGCACCAACAAAAGGGAAGGUCUGGUCCGGGCACGUCUCAUUGGAGCCACCUAUGCCACGGGUGACGUGCUGACAUUCCUUGAUUGCCACUGCGAGUGUGUCCCUGGCUGGAUUGAGCCUCUCUUGGAAAGGAUCGGUGAGAAUGCCAGUACCAUCGUGUGCCCUGUGAUUGACACCAUUGACUGGAACACUUUUGAGUUUUACAUGCAGACGGAUGAGCCAAUGAUCGGAGGUUUUGACUGGAGACUCACCUUUCAGUGGCACUCCGUCCCCGAAGUGGAACGCAAGAGGCGCAAGUCUCGCAUUGACCCCAUCAGGUCUCCAACAAUGGCAGGUGGAUUAUUUGCAGUGAGCAAGGCCUACUUUGAGUACCUGGGAACAUAUGACAUGGGCAUGGAGGUGUGGGGAGGAGAAAACCUGGAGCUCUCCUUCAGGGUGUGGCAGUGUGGGGGCAGCCUAGAGAUUCACCCCUGCUCUCACGUGGGCCAUGUGUUCCCUAAAAAGGCCCCUUAUGCACGGCCCAACUUUCUCCAGAAUACCGUACGAGCUGCAGAAGUUUGGAUGGACUCUUAUAAACAACACUUCUACAACAGGAAUCCUCCAGCCAGAAAGGAGACUUAUGGAGAUAUUUCAGAGCGGCUACUGCUGAGAGACAGGCUGAAAUGCAACAGUUUUGACUGGUAUCUGAAGAAUAUUUACCCUGACCUACAUGUACCUGAAGACAGAGUGGGCUGGCACGGGGCUGUGCGGAGCUCAGGCAUACAGUCAGAGUGUCUGGACUACAACGCUCCAGAGCACAGUCCCACAGGUGCACACCUUUCUCUGUUUGGCUGCCACGGCCAGGGAGGCAACCAGUACUUUGAGUACACAUCACAAAAGGAGAUCCGUUUCAACUCGGUGACAGAGCUGUGUGCUGAGGUAAUCGAAGGGCAGACCUCCAUCGGGAUGAGGCACUGUCCUAAUGAUGGGGAUGUCAAACCCCGCGGUAUCGUCUGGGAGUUCAAAAAGGACGGGACCAUCUACCACCCUCACUCAGACAUGUGUGUGACAGCCUACCGCACGGCAGAGGGCCGCACGGAUACCCAGAUGAGGCGGUGUACCCCGGGAGACAAAAACCAGCAGUGGAAGUUUGAGUGGUAGGAGGAGGAAGAGAGAGAAAGUAGCAUGAAACCUCAAGUGACCUUGUUUUACCAUAGUGCAAUUACUAGAGAAUGGAUGUCUUUGUCGCUGCCCCCCAUUCUCUAACUCUCCAAGCCCGCACUCCAUUUGAAUGGGAAUGGGAGAGCAAAUAAAAGGUGGUGAAAAGUCACUUUAAGCCAAUGAUUCACCCAAUGCGGCUCUUUUAUACCCAUGUGAAUGACUAAAUAAGUGCAGAUUGCAACGGAGGGAAUGAGAAUUACAGAGAGAGGUUUAUUUGUCUUUUUUUUUUUUUUUUUUGAAGCAGACCAGCUUGAACUUGAGACUUUCACUUUUUGUGUUGCUUUCAUCCAAGUGCCUCUGCAACCAAAACAGAGUCCAGCGCACAUCUGAAGUGUCAUUAUUGUCAUGUGUUCUUUCAUCUAAUGCAACGACUUGAAAGCAAAACUGGUUUUGACUGUCCAGUGCAAGAACGAAGUGCCUUUCUACGAGAUCGGAGACGUUUUCUAAGGGAAAAAGAAGAAAAAAGAAGAAAAAAAAAAAGCUAUAUGCAAAAUCGUGCACUACAAAACGGUAUCUUGAAUUCAUAUGAAUUAUUAUUAGUUUUAAAUCCUCAUGCUUUUUUGUUUUGUUUUUUGGGUUGGCAAAAAAAUAACCAACAUAUAUAUGGGCUGCUCAAAGAAGACGCGCAAGGAAUGUAAAGGUCAGCAGCAUUUGUGCCCCAAACCAGCUACUUCCUAACAUGCUCCAUCAUGUGAGAGGACAACGGGGAGAGGGAGAGCGCUGCAGUCACACUACACUGCUCCUCAAUCCUGUCACCCGGCUUGGUAAAAUGCUGCCUGAACAAGACUUGAAGCAUUCGCUAAGCAUUUAUACUAAGUGCAAUUUGCCCCAGAGGGCUUGACAUGUUGUAAUCUAUUCUUCCCUGUUGUAUAAAAUUAAGAAUACCUUUCGAAACGCAUCCGUCACUGUGCCUUUUGAAAAAGGUUGUCAUCCUAAAAGAACUCGUUUGUGCCUAAAUGAAAUGUGCCAGUGAAUGUCAAAUGUAUUGAGAACAUUUCCAAAUGCUAAAAUCUGAACACACUGGCUCGAUGCACUUAAUUUUAUUUAGACACGGAAAGCCUUAAAGGUAGCGCCUGUUUAAUUUAAUCCUUAAACUUGGCUGUGCCAGACUGUUUUGUUAAGACUCCUGUGUGUGAACUGUACUUGAAACGGCAUAAAAGAAAAAAUAUUCCUGUGUUGUUUUUUCCACUGACGACCCUGUCGGUGUUUCUACUGGGAUUCAAGAACCAAGAGACGUAACUGAAAUGUUUGUUGAAUAGCAGCUGUAUUUGCUGAAGACUGCUUAUCACUGAGCAAUGUUUGCCGUCUGUGGUCCUACGACAUCAUGAAUAUGAGAUAUUCAUACUAGUCAAUGGGUACAGUGGAUGAACAUGUAAGAGGAAUCUUGUUUUGUGUUACCUUUUGUAUAUAGUGUUUGUUUAAGGGACCAGAGUGGGACAGUGCUAUUGUAAAGCACUUUUAAAACUACUGAUAAUGCAAAAGGGGUGAUGAUUACUUGAUAUGAAGGAGAUGGUAACUGACACGGGGUGGAUGUUUCAUGGUUGAUUAAAGCUGUUGGGAUAACUGAAAGAAUAAAGAAACUAACCACA